AUGCAUCCGUCGCGUCAGGCAUAUGUCGAAGAGGCCGAUUCGCCUGCUGGCAUUGCGCUGGAGGACCUGAAAGAUGAUACAGACUACGACAUGCCAAUGGCGCCUGGCGCGCCGCCCGAGAAGACCUCAGCCAUCCUCAACCAGUUCAACAGAAAACGGCUUGCAGCUACCAUUGCAGUGCCUACGGACGAUGGCCGCGUCCGAGCAAAGCUCAGAGAAAUGGGGGAGCCCAUCACCUUCUUUGGAGAGGGACCUGGCGAUCGACGUGACCGUUUACGAGAGCUUAUGACCAUUCAAGCCGAACUUGCUGGUCUAGAAAAUGGUGAUGUCGCCAUGGAGGACGCCCCGGCAGAGGAAGAAGCCGAAGAGCAAGAGGAGGAAUUCUACUCGAGGGGAGGCGAACAACUACUCAAAGCAAGAAUAGACAUCGCUGAAUACUCCCUACCCCGAGCCAAACAAAGAGUCGCCUACCAAAAGAAGGAGGCUACCAUACCUCUGAGAACCCAGGUCAAGUUCCGAAAGCAGAUCAAGGAGAGACUACAAGCAUUUGAGCUGCAGGGCAGUCAGACCGUGGGGGAGAGACACAUCAGCAUGACGAGAAUAUCACCCAAUGGGGAACUGGUGGCCGUGGGCAACUGGGGCGGCCAGGUCAAGUUGAUGGAGAUUCCAAACUUGACCGAAAAGAUGAGCUUUCGUGGCCAUACGAACAAAAUCAGCGGAUUAUCGUGGUUUCCCGGGGCCACACUUGAAGAAAAAGGAGUCUCACCAGAUUCCGUCAACCUGGCGUCUGGCGGAGCCGAGGGACUGGUGCAGCUAUGGUCUCUGAAUCAGGAUACGCCCUUAUCGACCUUACAGGGCCACUCUCAGCGCGUCUGUCGUGUGGAGUUUCACCCGUCUGGUCGCUAUCUCGCCUCAGCGUCGGAAGACACCUCGUGGAGGCUGUGGGACGUCGAAAGCACUGCCGAAGUGCUUCUGCAAGAAGGUCACUCAAGAGGUGUCUACGCCCUGAGCUUCAACACGGACGGCUCUCUGCUGGCUACAGCUGGCCUGGACAGCAUCGGUCGUAUAUGGGACCUGCGCUCCGGAAGAACAGUCAUGAUUCUGGACGGCCGUUUAGAUGGCCACAUUAAACCUAUUCAUGCGCUGGACUGGGGUGCUGACGGUCAUCGAGUCUUGUCGGGUUCGGCUGACGGCUGGAUUAAAUGCUGGGAUGUCCGCAAGGUCGAUAAAACGGGUGGUAUUGGCGCCCACUCCAGUGCCGUCUCGGACAUGCGGUGGUUCAAGGGCAUCGACGACCCCCUAAAUGGGAUUCCACCUGGUACAGAUGAAAAGGGGGCGCAAAUCCCAAAGAAAUCGGGGACCUUCUUCGUGUCCAGCGGCUUCGACAAGAACGUCAAAAUCUUCUCAGCAGACGACUGGACUUUGGUGCAAACUCUGAGCGGGCACACCGCUCCGGUUGCAAGUGUAGAUUACAGCAGAGACGGCAGAUGGAUUGUAAGCGGUGGUCACGAUCGGACGGUAAAGCUCUGGGGCCGAAACGAUAGUGAACCGUUGUAG